AUGUCAUCGUCUUCGUCUAUCAUGGCCUAUGACAUGCCAUGGGUAGAGAAGUAUCGUCCCAACAAAGUCGUUGACAUAGUCGGCAACGAGGAUGCGGUCUCCAGACUCCAAGUCAUCGCUCGUGAUGGCAACAUGCCCAAUCUCAUUUUAUCAGGUCCUCCUGGGACAGGAAAAACAACUAGUAUACUUGCCCUGGCCCACGAGCUUCUUGGACCAAAUUGCAAAGAAGGUGUUCUUGAACUUAAUGCAUCUGAUGAUAGAGGAAUUGAUGUUGUGAGGAACAAGAUCAAAAUGUUUGCUCAGAAGAAAGUGACGCUUCCUCUAGGGAGGCACAAGAUAGUAAUUCUGGAUGAAGCUGAUAGCAUGACCACAGGGGCACAACAAGCACUGAGAAGAACUAUGGAGAUAUAUUCUAACUCUACUCGGUUUGCCCUUGCUUGCAAUACCUCAGCUAAAAUUAUUGAGCCCAUUCAGAGUAGAUGUGCCAUUGUGCGGUAUUCACGGUUAUCCGAUCAAGAGAUACUUGGUCGACUUAUGAUUGUGGUUCAAGCUGAGAAGGUUCCCUACGUUCCUGAAGGUCUUGAAGCCAUCAUUUUCACUGCCGAUGGUGAUAUGAGACAGGCAUUGAAUAAUUUGCAAGCAACGUACAGUGGGUUCCAAUUUGUUAACCAAGAAAAUGUUUUCAAGGUUUGUGACCAGCCACAUCCACUUCAUGUGAAGAAUAUGGUGCGUAAUGUAAUUGAAGGGAAUUUUGAUGAGGCUUGUUCGGGGCUCAAACAACUGUAUGAUUUAGGAUAUUCUCCCACAGAUAUCAUCACGACUCUUUUUCGUAUAAUAAAAAAUUAUGAUAUGGCUGAGUACCUUAAAUUGGAAUUCAUGAAGGAAACUGGGUUUGCUCAUAUGAGAAUUUGUGAUGGAGUUGGAUCUUAUCUUCAGUUGUGUGGUUUAUUGGCUAAGCUUUUUCUAGUUCGAGAGACGGCUAAAGCUGUAUGA